AUGAGAACAUUAUUCGCACGCAUUGCUCUCGUGGCCACUGCAGUGGUCAAUACACUGUUCGGCUUGGCUUCUGCCGAGGGGGAAAGAAACCCCAACGUAUUGAUUAUCAAGAACAUGGAUAAUCAUCCCCGAGAACUGCAUUUCCGAGCAGAAGGACCGGCAUCAUUGCUCAGUCAUAAAAUGAUUGGUCACAACAUCCAGAUCACCGCUGGCGACACGCACUGGCUCGAGGUUCCUUAUGGAUGGAACGGAAAUUUCGUGGCCUUCGUCAUUGGUUCUGCUCCCAAGGAAGACCGUGUCCUGGCCGAGUUCGCCUUCCAAGUUGAUGGUCGCAUCGGUACGUGGUACGAUGUCAGUGCCGUGACCACCCAUAAUGACCAAGAGGGUGUACACUGGAUAUAUCCUUUGUCUGAGGCCGGCGACAAGAGUGGUUGCGAGACCUUCCCGUGUGAAACCUCCUACAAGGUUUGGAAUCAUGACAAGAACACGAAGUACACCACGGAUACGAGGAUGGUUAUCGAGUUAUACUCCAGCUAG